GGUGCCGCACCGGCCAAGCCUCGUUAGCUUUACAUUUCUUGGGAUUUCGUUCCCUUGUAGAGAAAAUUCAGUCUUGUUCUCUCGUUAAAUGCAAGAUACGACGGCUAUGGUGGACGACCCAGAGUAUGAAGAGGAGGAGGAGGAAGAGCCAUCCUUCAGCGACCCGGAGGAUUACGACGAUGACAUCGACGACGAGGAGCUUCUUGAUGAUGUCCUGCGGGAGAAGCCUCAGGAAGCUGAUGGGAUAGACUCUGUGGUCGUGGUGGACAACGUUCCUCAGGUGGGCCCGGAGCGUUUGGAAAAACUCAAAAAYGUCAUACACAAGAUCUUCUCCAAGUUUGGCAAAAUCACAACUGAGUUUUAUCCAGAGGCGGAGGGCACGACCAAAGGGUACAUCUUUUUGGAGUAUGCCGCUCCCACUCAGGCUCUUGAGGCGGUGAAGAACGCAGAUGGAUACAAACUUGACAAACAACAUACGUUCCGAGUCAACCUCUUCACUGACUUUGAUAAGUACAUGAACAUCUGUGACGAGUGGGAAGCUCCAGAGAAACAGCCUUUCAAGGAUUUUGGUAAUAUGCGUCAUUGGAUUGAGGACCCAGACUGCCGUGACCAGUACAGUGUGAUCUACGAAGCUGGAGAGAGGACGGCCAUUUUCUCAAAUGAUGCUAAAGAGCCRAUCUUGGCAGAAGAGCGAGCKCGCUGGACAGAGACAUACGUUCGCUGGUCUCCUAAAGGCACCUACCUGGCUACUUUCCAUCAGCGAGGCAUCGCAUUGUGGGGCGGUGAGAAGUUCAAACAGAUCCAGAGGUUCAGCCAUCAGGGUGUGUCGCUCAUCGACUUCUCACCAUGUGAGAGGUACGUGGUGACCUUCAGUCCACUGAUGGACACCAAGGAGGAUCCACAAGCCAUCAUCAUCUGGGACAUCCUGACUGGACAGAAGAAGAGAGGCUUCCACUGCGAGAGCUCUGCACACUGGCCCAUAUUUAAGUGGAGCCAUGAUGGAAAGUUCUUUGCUAGGAUGACCCCAGACACUCUAAGCAUUUAUGAAACUCCAUCAAUGGGCCUGUUGGACAAGAAGAGUCUCAAGAUUACUGGCAUCAAGGACUUCUCAUGGUCUCCUGGUGACAACAUCAUAGCAUUCUGGGUCCCUGAGGACAAGGACAUCCCAGCAAGAGUCACGCUGAUGCAGAUGCCUUCCCGCCAGGAGAUCCGUGUUCGAAAUCUCUUCAACGUGGUCGACUGCAAACUGCACUGGCAGAGAAAUGGAGACUAUCUGUGUGUGAAAGUGGACAGGACUCCAAAAGGAACUCAGGGUGUUGUUACCAACUUUGAAAUCUUCCGGAUGAGAGAGAAGCAGGUUCCUGUUGACGUGAUGGAGAUGAAAGAAAGCAUCAUUGCUUUUGCCUGGGAGCCUAACGGCAGCAAGUUUGCCGUUCUCCACGGAGAGUCWCCGAGAAUCAACGCCUCCUUCUAUCACGUCAGAAACAACGGCAAGAUCGAGCUCAUAAAGAUGUUUGACAAGCAGCAAGCCAACAGCAUCUUCUGGAGCCCCCAGGGACAGUUUAUGGUUCUGGCUGGACUCAGGAGUAUGAAUGGAGCUCUUGCCUUUGUGGACACCUCCGACUGCAUCAUGAUGAACAUAGCAGAGCACUACAUGGCUUCUGAYGUCGAAUGGGACCCAACCGGUCGAUACGUCGUCACCUCUGUCUCCUGGUGGAGCCACAAGGUGGACAAUGCGUACUGGCUGUGGACAUUCCAGGGCCGUCUCCUUCAGAAGAACAACAAAGACCGCUUCUGUCAGCUGCUCUGGAGACCCAGACCUCCCAGUCUGCUCAGUGGAGAUCAGAUUAAGAUGAUUAAAAAGGAUCUUAAGAAAUAUUCAAAGAUCUUUGAGCAGAAGGAUCGUCUGAGUCAGUCCAAGGCUUCAAAGGAUCUGGUGGACAAGCGCAGGGCCAUGAUGGAGGAGUACCGUCGCUACAGAGAGGCAGCGCAGCAGAUGUAUCUCGAACAGAAGGACAUGCGCCUUGAGCUUAGAGGAGGAGUGGACACGGAUGAGCUCGACAGCAAUGUAGACGACUGGGAGGAGGAGACCAUUGAGUUUUUUAUCAACGAAGAAAUCAUUCCCCUCGGAGAUCUGUAGUCCACUACGCAGUCCAUCUGUUGUUGUGUGGAAGACAAAAGGAACAGCGUCACUGACUGGAGAAGGACCACGGCCUCACUGUGAAACUUGGGUUCACCUCGAGCCCUGGUUUUAGUGGAAUCAUCAAAGCACGCCUUGUGGAUCAGCAUCCACAUCGAGAGAAGAGAGAAGAUAUUUAUAUUGCAUUUUCUUCUCUGCCUCACAACCGCCUAACCCGUUUUCUUCUCUGUGGAACUUGAUAUUUAGUAAAUACUGCCUCAUUUUUUCUAACCAUUGAUUGAAGUCACUCCCGUCUUAUUGGACCUUCUUCCUCCUGGAGGGGUUUGAUUCUGAACUGGCCUCAUCAUGCUGAUGUGUUACUGCGGUGCAGCAAAGAGUGCCAUAUCAAUGCAGGGUGAAGGUGUUGAAACUAAACAAGUAGCCUUGUCAAUAAAUGUGCUGAUGUGGCAUCAUAGUGGCCUGUAUCCUCCUCCUUUCAGACUAGGCUUUCACACAGGGAGGGGGUGUGCAGUGGGAAUAACUUUAAAUAAAUAUUCAAACAUAAGAACCA